GAUAGGGAACCAAAUUAUAGCGGAACCGGAAGUAAACAUGUGUACACAUCCUGGAUUUUUGUUCAAAGUUUUGAAAGUUUUAAUGAGAUAAUAUGUCUGAUAUCAAUUUGAGAAAGCUGAAAGUCUUGGUAGAAAAUAUUUUUUAUGUCUGAAAAUAAAUUGUUCAUGGAAUAACACGCGAUGACAAGUCUUUGGAAUGAAGUUUGCAGAUGUUUUAGAUGUAAACAACAGCAGAGACCUGCUAACAGGACAGUCUAUGUUGGAAACAAGCACCCACAUGAUGAAGGUGUAUUUAUUCCAGAGUUGUACCCAGAUAACAAGAUUAUCUCUUCAAGGUAUACAUUAUGGAACUUUCUACCCAAGAACUUAUUUGAGCAGUUCCGGAGAGUGGCCAACUUUUACUUUCUUUGUGUCGGAAUUGUGCAGUUGACAAUAGACACACCAGUCAGCCCUAUAACAAGUAUAUUGCCUCUUGUAUUUGUCAUCACCUGCACAGCUAUUAAACAGGGUUAUGAAGACUGGUUACGUCACAAGUCUGACCGAGAGGUCAAUGAUAGAGAAGUACAGGUUAUACGAGAUGGUCAACUUACCACAACUAAAUCUAUGCAUAUCAAGGUCGGGGAUAUUGUACGGGUACAAAGUAACAAAGGUUUUCCAUGUGAUAUGAUCAUGUUAUCGUCCGUAGAUCCAGACGGAAACUGUUAUAUAACUACAGCAAAUCUUGACGGUGAAACAAACUUAAAGACGCAUUGUUGUUUAGCAGAAACAAAACGUUGUGUACAUGAGGACGACUUCCAAAAACUUACAGCAUUUAUUGAAUGUGAACAACCUAUACCUGAUUUGUAUUCGUUUGUAGGAAACUUGAAUAUAGUCAGGGACAACGGUGAGCGGAUAGUUAAACCUCUGGGACCAGAAAAUGUGCUAUUAAGAGGUGCUAGAUUAAAAAAUACACCAUUUAUUUAUGGAUGUGCCAUAUAUACGGGGCAGGAAACUAAAAUGGCCCUGAAUUCCAAUACCAAAGUUACAAAGUUUUCUCGUGUUGAGAGACGUAUGAAUACAUUUUUACUUAUAUUUCUUGUGAUAUUAUUGGCGGAGGCUGUGUUUUCUACAUGUUUGAAAUACUGGUAUGUGUUCAGGCCUAUAGUAGGCCAGCCCUGGUAUGUUCCUCAGAUAGAAAUUGAUGCUCAAGUCACGGUUAGACGGGUAUUUGAAGAUUUUCUUGCAUACAUUGUGUUGUAUAACUAUGUCAUUCCAAUUUCAUUAUAUGUUACUAUUGAACUACAAAAAUUUGUUGGUUCCAUGUUUUUUGCAUGGGAUGUAGAUAUGUUUGACCCGGGAACCAAUGAAAGGGCUAAAGCAAAUACAUCAGAUUUAAAUGAAGAGUUAGGACAGGUAGAGUACCUGUUCACAGACAAGACUGGUACCCUGACGGAGAAUGAUAUGCAGUUCCGAAUGUGUUCUAUAAAUGGUAAACGUUACGAGGAACUCGGUGGAAUGUUGUGUGAAACCUCCCCUGCUGGGAAUGACCCCAACCCUGUACCUGUUCUUAGUCAAAGUUAUCAGCAUUUUGAAGAAAUGGAGACGUUCCUAACAGUACUGGUGUUAUGCCACAAUAUACGUGUAGAUCACCCUCAGGCUGUUGAUCUCGGUGCCUCGUCUAUGUACAGUUACGGAGGAUAUGAUUACGAGUAUCAGGCCUCGUCACCUGACGAGAAAGCGUUUGUCGAGGCAUGUAGAAGGUUUGGUGUUGUUUUCCAUGGGACGCAUGAUGAGAGAUUGGAAAUAACGUUUAAAGGAGAGAUGAGGAGAUACAAACUUUUACAUUCACUGGAGUUUGAUCCAACCAGAAAAAGAAUGAGUGUCAUAGUCCAGAAUGAAAAUGAUGAAAUCUACUUGCUGAGUAAAGGGGCAGAGACAGCUAUACUAGACAGGGUUAUAGAGGGGGAUAUAUCCAGCACCCUUCUACAUGUUAAUGAAUACGCUGUGCUUGGAUUAAGGACUUUAGUUAUCGCUAUGCGGCGGUUAGAGAGUCAGGAAUAUACAAAGUUUGACCAAAUGUUGUCAGAAGCCAGGAAAUCUCUAACACAAAGGGAAGUAAAGCUUGCAGAAGCCUUUGAUUAUGUGGAGAAGAAUUUCAAGUUGCUAGGGGCAACGGCUGUAGAAGAUAAACUUCAGGACGAUGUUCCUGAAACUAUACAAGCUUUACUGACUGCUGGUAUCAAGGUAUGGGUGUUGACGGGUGAUAAAGAAGAGACAGCAGUGAAUAUUAGUCAUUCCGCAGGACAUUUCUCCCGAGAUAUGUUACAAUUGAAGAUAACACAGAUGCAGUCUGGCUUGGACUGUGCUGAUUUGAUACGCAAACAUUCCCAGACUUUGGACAAUCCAGUGAAUCGUGACGAGAAGUUUGCCAUUGUUAUAGAUGGCACUAGUUUAGCAUACUGUCUGAUAGAGCAUGCCGAUAUUCUCCGAGAUCUCUGUAUGAAGUGUUCUGCCGUCCUGUGUUGUAGAAUGACGCCACUACAAAAAGCCGAGGUUGUGAAGUUGAUCAAGAAUUCUAGAGAAAAUCCUGUGACAGCUGCUAUAGGAGAUGGUGCUAAUGAUGUUAGUAUGAUAGAGGAGGCACAUGUUGGACUUGGGAUCAUGGGAAAAGAAGGAAGGCAGGCUGUAAGGAACAGUGAUUAUGCUUUCGCGAAGUUCCGAUUCCUGAUGAAGGCACUCCUUGUACAUGGACAUUUUUACUACAUUAGAAUAGCUAACCUUGUUCAGUAUUUCUUUUAUAAGAAUGUGGCUUUUAUCACUGCCCAGCUUUUCUACACAUUUUUUUCUGCAUUCUCAGAACAGACACUAUAUGAGAGUUGGUAUUUGAUGAAUUUUAACAUGGUAUUUACUGCAUUCCCUAUACUGAUGUAUGGCAUCUUUGAACAACAUUUAAAACCUAGUCUCCUCAUGGGAAAUCCUAAACUUUACAGGAAAAUAUCAAGAAAUGAAAAUAUGUCUAUACAUAACUUCAUUUUAUGGAAUGGUUCAGGUUUAUGGCAUUGUGUUGUAAUGUUCUUUGGGACAUUGUUUCUACUUGGGGAGGAAAACUCAUUGUUUUCAGAUGGAAAAAUGAUAGGAAACUGGUCUUUUGGUUCUAUUGUGUAUUUUGGUUGUCUCGUUAUAGUUUGUCUAAAGUUAAGUUUAUCCAUUUAUUACUGGUCGCUUCCUAUAUGGCUCAGUUUUGCCUUCUCUGCAUUUUCCUAUUUUGUUGGUACAGCAGUCUACAAUUCUGUCCUGUGGCCGGACUUUUUCAGUGAUCAUAACUAUCUGUUUCAAGUUUGGAACACAGUGUUCACGUCUGGUGGGGUCUGGUUUGCGGAGCUGGUACUUAUCGUGCUUGCUCUGUUACCAGACAUUAUUUACAGAUGCUACAAAGAUAUCUCAUUAACAAUGGAACUAGGACAGCAACGAAAGAUGACGUACGACUCUAGUCUUAUUCCACUACGUCAGCUAUCAUACGAAGAAACCAAGAAAUUUGUCUUUCCAUACGUCACACCAAAAACUAGUCUUCAAAAUAUACACAGCAAAGAAAAUAGACCAAAAUUGUUACCGGCAAAGUUUAUGCCACGCUCACUAAAACGAAAACAUGUUCUUUAAUGCAUUAAUUUCAACACGGAUAUUUAUUUUACAAAUGAUAUUAAUAUUUUAGUCAGGAUAAGUAGAUGUUAUUAGUUUAAUCAGUCAUUUGAUUGUUUUUGGUGCUAUAAUUUUUAUAUUCUUCAGCAAGUUUUCAUAACAUACAUAAUAAUAAUGAUAAUGAUAAUUAAUACCAGUAAUAAUGCUAACAAAAAUGUUUUAUGUAAUAUCUCUACUAUAUAUAUAAUACAUGUAUAUAUAAAUCUUAAGUUAUGAAAACUCGUUGCCAUUUGUUUGAAUAUUUAUGUAUGAAUAAGAAAGGACAAAUAUAUUAUGCUAUAAAGAAUAUAUUAUUUACUGAACUAAACAUGAUUUCCUUAGAAUCAAAUUGUCUCAGGCAUUUUUUUUAGUGCGUUAAAAUUUAUUGUCUUUUAGUCAUUUAUUUUUGUAUUCUUUGGAAAAAACUAUUUAUUAGAAAGAAACCAACAUUAGUUAUAUUCUUUACAAUGAUAUCAUAUGCAGAUUAUUUAAUGCAGAUGAACAAAAUUUAAUGUAGACAGAAUUUCUACCUAAUUUAUAAGUGCUAUAAUGUCCUGCCACUUUUCUUGUUAACUUGAAACGUGGGGAACAUUUUUUCUGCCUAUUAAAUCAUAUCAGCAGAUAAAUACUACUUUUAAAAGAAUAUGUAAUUUACUUUAAAGAACUUUUGAAUAAUUUGAAAAAAAAAAACUGAUCUUUUUUAAUAAAAAAAAAUAUUUUCGUUAUUUUUAGCUCGACUAUUCGAUAAGAAUAAGUAGAGCUAUUGCAGUCACCCGAGCGUCGGCGUCGGUGUCGGCGUCGGCGUCGGCGUAACCACUUAUGUUAAAGUUUUUGUAAUAGUUCAAAUAUUUUCAAAGUCCAUUGACAUAUGGCUUUGAAACUUUGCACACUUGUUCACCAUCAUGACCCCAACCUGUAGACAGGAGGAGGUAACUCUAUCGAGCAUUUUGACAGAAUUAUGCCCCUUUUUCGACUUAGAAUUUACGUUAAAGUUUUCGUAAUAGUUCAAAUAUUUUCAAAGUCCAUUGACAUAUGGCUUUGAAACUUUGCACACUUGUUCACCAUCAUGACCCCAACCUGUAGACAGGAGAAGGUAACUCUAUCAAGCAUUUUGACAGAAUUAUGCCCCUUUUUCGACUUAGAAUUUACGUUAAAGUUUUUGUAAUAGUUCAAAUAUUUUCAAAGUCCAUAGAUAUAUGGCUUUGAAACUUUGCACACUUGUUCACCAUCAUGACCCCAACCUGUAGACAUGAGGAGGUAACUCUAUCAAGCAUUUUGACAGAAUUAUGCCCCUUUUUUGACUUAGAAUUUAUGUUAAAGUUUCUGUAAUACCUCAAAUAUUUUCAAAGUCCAUAGACAUAUGGCUUUGAAUCUUUGCACACUUGUUCACCAUCAUGACCCCAACCUGUAAACAGGAGGAGGUAACUGUAUCAAGCAUUUUUUUUACUAUCAAGCACUCAGAAUAGUCGAGCGUUGCUGUCCUACCGACAGCUCUUGUUAGAUAGCCAGUAUUGUCUUUCAUGUUUUGGCACCAUAUGUGUUGGUGCACUGUACCAAACCAGACAAACAAAAAAUUGUUGAUUGAAAUUGUGAUCCCUAUCAUUGAUCAUGAAUAAUUAUUCUUUGUUCCAAAUCAUUAUGUAGUUGUACCAAAUUUAUUGGAUCAUACCUGAGAAUGAUAAAUGUAGAAUGGUUUACUUGCUGUGUAUAUUAUGAUGUCUAGUCAAAACAAAAGCUUUUACCAAGAUGGUAUACAAUCUCUCAGAUAUGCCUUUUUUUGUUAAUUUAAGAUACUUCAUGUAUUUAUUGCUGUAAUUGUUAUAUGCUAUAUAAGUCCCAUAUCCUCCAAAUAUUGUUAAUUAUACUGUAUAUGUGUUGCUUAUUUUGUUGUUAAGAUAUAAUGUGCUAAUUAAAAGUGAUAUUUUGUUUUGUUGUAUAAUUUGAUGUAUCGUUGCAAAGACUCAAGUCAGGAUUCCAUAUGUUCCAAUAUAUUUGUAUAUAUUUUUUAUAAUCAAAUUUGGAUUUGAGAUGUUUAAUUUUGUCAUAUUUAAAAUACUGUCAAUUUUGUUUAUUAAAUUAAGAUUAUUAUUUUGAUGUUACAUAGUCCCUAGAAUAUUAUCAUGUAUAAUUACUAAUAUAUGCACAAAAUUGUUUGGUGUAUAAUGUCAUGAAUGGGGUCUUCCCCUGUCUGUAAUUAAAUGCAUGUCCACUCAAGGAAGGUUAGCAUAUCACUGGUUUGGCAUACAUGUGAACUUUUUUCAAUGAUCAAGUGGGAGAUUUUCCUUCAAAAAGAGGGAGAUUUUAGAAUUUGCAAUAAACAAAGAAAGAAAAUCUGACAUCAAAAAAGGGAGAUUUCUUUAAUUUUAAGAAAAGUUUUUGAAAAUAUGGCUGCAGAAAGUGGGAGUAUCCUGCUAAAAGUUGGAGAGUUCACAUGUAUGCUGGUUUGGGUGUCCUUUGCUUAUUGCUACACUAAGUCGUAAUGUAUGAUAUUCAGAAUUUCAUGACCACUCAAUCAUUAUUUUAAUCACUUAAUGACCACUGAUUGUAAGUGACACAUAUAAUUGAUCAAUUUUAUUUAAUGAAACAUGUCUAAGUACAGGCCUUUACAAUACCACUGUAAGUCCCUAUUGAUUGUUGUACUUUCUCUAAUUGAAAGGCUGGCAUGCGAAUAGGUUGUGUAUAAAUAUUAGGUAAAAUCCCUGUAUCUACAAUACAUAACUAUUACUAUGGUGCAUGAGCACCAGUCCUAGUAUGUCAUAACAGAUUAAAGGCAGAUCUUUUUGCUGACACAACAGCCUGUAUGGUUGCUGACCUAUCAUUUCCAUUAUUCAUUUUGUCAAAGGUAAAUGUAUGUUAGGUUAAUUCUCAUUGGCUGGUGAACAGUGACCUACUUUCAAAGAAAAAUUGAUUCCUUUGACUAAUACUCUGUGGCAAUUGAACAGAGGUAAAUUAUCUCCAUUUUUGUGCUUCAUAAUUCAACUUUUAAAUGUAUGACAGGGGACAUGUCCGGGCUUGAUACUUACAGAGCCCAAAAGGCCGGGUGGAUCGUCAUUUAACUUGCAUUAUACAAACACUAACAUUUGGGUGAUUUAGUUUAUAUGGCCUUUUGGUUAUAGAAUCAUCUUAAAUAAUAAUAAUGACUUCAUUCACAGAAGGUAACACAUUAAGACAUAACGUUGUAUAAAGAUUUGUAACACCUUAUUUACAAUGGCGCGAUCUUCAAAAUAAAAUCAUAUCAGUUGAAGAAAUAUAAUCGUUAAAUGGUAAUGACAGUGUUAAUAUAUAUCUUAACACACAUGUUGACAGUCAUACACUGAAUUUUAUCAAAAACUCAAAACAUAAUCAUUUUCUUCAGUACAUCAUUUUUAAUAAGUCUGCAAUUAACAAAGUCAAAACUAAGACAGACACCCAUUAAUAGAAAAACAUAUUUAGUUAGAAAUAAUGAAAGUAAUAAAAAUAAAUGUAAGAACUUGUGCAUAUAAUACACAUGGACUGUACUAAUUUCUUGAAACUUGAGUUUUUAGAUAUUGACAAUUUUGUUUUCCUUCUAAUUGUCAGUGAUAUGGAAAUUCCAAUUAACCAUGGAAGUCCUUACAAUAAUCAGGUGAAUCUUCUCUAGCCCCGUCCAAAAGUUAACUAUUUUAUAAUAUUUUAUAAUAAUAUUUUAUACAUGUAGUUGUAAAAAGUAAAUCCCCUUCUGUUAGAUAUUUGAAAGAUUUGGUUUAAUUAUUAAAACAAAUUUGCAUUACGGUGUAUAUUUAUCCUCUUGUUUUGUUUAGUUGUUUGGUAAAUGUUACUGAAGGUCACAAAAUAUAGGAAUACCUUUACUGUUUAUCUGUACAUUUGCCAUAUAUUUAUCAAUGCAUACCUCCAAAUGUUUCUUCCAUUUUAUAUAUUGAGCCUUAUAGGGAUAUAACCUGUCGUUUGUAUAUAUUUUUUGUUUGUUUUAUCUGUACAUAUCUGUCCUUCAAUCAGGGUUUAAAAGUUAAGUUUCUUCCUUAAGUUAUCUGUGAUUUACGGCUAAAGAUUGGCACAAACUCGUUCAGCAUCUAACUGUAUAUCUGUUAGUUACCAUAGCAGCGAGUCAAACCAAAAUGUAUAUAUUUUUUUAUAAAUCCUUAAAUCUUGAUAUUGAUUAUUCUACCUAUGCUGAUCUUUAUAUUUUAUUUAAUCUUAUUCAUUAACUAAUUUCCUUUAUUUUAGUUUUUAUUUUCUCAACAAGGGGAUGGGACAUAUACAGUUUCAUUAACUUUGUUUGUACAUUUUCUGUUGCUGUAUAAGCUUUAAUUCACUGUGUACCCGUAAAUAAGAUGCUUAAUUAUCACAUUUAGCUCUGAAACAUAUCUUUUUUUCCCCUCAUUAUAUUAUAAUGACAUGUUUUUCUCUUGAAGAAUUUGUAAUAAGCAAUUAUUUAUAAAUAAUUGGCGAAGAGAAACUAUAUACAUAAAAUUACUUUGAAAUGUCAGUAACAACAUUUUUUUGAUGCAUUUUCUAAACAUGUAUAAGAAAAAGUAGAGAAUAAUGAUUAUCAUGUAGAUAUCUGGAAACUUUUAUGUAUUUAAUAGUACCGCCUCCGUGGUCGAGGGGUUAGAGUCGAUGACUUCUAAUCCAGUUACCUCUCUGGCGUGGGUUAGGUCCCCGGGAGAUGCUUUGGUAGUUUAGCAUGGAGGAAGGUAGUCUAGUACUGGUGUAAUUCUCCAGGAACGAUGGUUAGGAAACUACCCAUCCAUAUGACUAAAAUACUGUUAGGAAAAGGCGUAAAAUGAAACCAACAAACAAACAAACAUGUAUUUAAUAGCCAUUGACCAAAGAGUAACAGAAGAUCUUGUUAUAGAUUUGUUAUAUUUAUUUGCUAUAUACCAUAAUAUUCAUGAUUAAUCUAAAAUAUUUUUAUGAUUACUCUUUGUUUUUGCCUUUUCUACUUAUCUUAUACUUGCUGUAUUUUCUAUAAAUACAAUAUUUCUUGUAUAUGCAUUGGCAAAGGUAUAUUAUCCUGACCCUCAAAAAUGGCGUUAAGAUAAUUGAGCAUUGCAAAACCAACAUAAUGGGUUUGCGACCAGCAUGGAUCCAGACCAGCAUGGAUCCAGACCAGCCUGUGCAUCCGCACAGUCUGAUCAGGAUCCAUGCUGUUCACAGUAAGUUUCUCUACUUGUUAUAGGGUUUGUAAGCGAACAUCUCGGAUCCUGAUCAGACUGCGUGGAUGCGAAAGCUGGUCUGGAUCCAUGCUGGUGGCAAACGCAUUAUGUUGGUUUUGUCAUGGAGCAGCUCGAUUUUUAUAGUUUUGGUGUUGUCUGUAUUUUUGUCCAGUACUACAACUUAGUUGCAGAUUAGAAUCUUUUUUGAUAAAAUGAAAUUCAACGGAAAAUAUAUAAUUUCAUGAACUACCGGUAGAUAAUUAAUUGGUAAAAUAUUAACAAAACAUGGUACAAAAAUAUGUCAGUCUUGAGAUACUCUUUUUUUCAUGAACAUCUUUUCUUUCAUAUGUAAUUUAAGAGACUGCAAUAUUUGUAAAUAUUUUGUAAUUGAUUUCUGACAUUUGUGUAAUAUGUUUGUGAACCUAAUGAGAAUGAUCACUAACUUUUGGGAAAUAUUGCAAUAGUUUACUACUCUUGGAAUUUCAGUUUCAAAGAUAUGACUAAAAUUGUGUUACAAAUGGCAUAAAUAACAUACAUUUAUUCAUACACACGUACAUAGUUACAUACAGCAGUGUAAUGCAUCUAAUUCAUUAACAAACUGCCUUUUAAAAUAAGUUGUUGUUUGUUUGUUUUUUCAACAAUAAAAAAUAGGAUUCUUAUAAACUAAAGGUAUUUUAGAUACUUUAAAUCAAUCAGAACGUAUAUAGAAUAUUGAGAAAAAAGUACUUAUAACAUUAUACUAUAAUAUGAUAACUAUAAUAUAUAAUUCCAAAUCUGCUGCUUGUUACUUGGUGCAGUAAGUAAAUGGAAUUGAAUAUUAUUUUUGUAAAAAUACAUUUUUUGCUAAGAUCAACUAUGUACUUUCCAAAUUGAAUUAAUUUGAUUUUCUAUCAUUCCAAGAUGUUGAGAUAGAUAUAUUUGUAUUAUAUGGAUAUGAAUGUACAUGUAUAUAUCUUACGUCUAUUGUUGAAAUAGCAUGUUAUCUGUAUUGUUUAUUCUUGAAACUUGUCAUUACUGAUUAAUUUUCUUAGCAUUUAACAGAACUUAUGAAAAGGGAAUUGUAUGAAAACCAGACAAGUGUUGUGAAUUGUACAAUGUAUUGUUUUGUUUUGUUUUAAAAAUUAGAUUAUGAUAGUCAUGAAAGAUAUAAUUUGAAAUGUGUCUGAAAAUACAUGGUAUGGAGACCAGUACAUAUUUUAGUAUAUUCGUUACAUGUUGACAGUAUACACCGUCACAGUAUGAACACAGUAAAUGUUGUCGACAUACUGUACAUUUUCAAUGGUAGAUGAUUUAACCAAUUACCACUGUGAUGUGCGUCACAAAAAUUUAGUCACAAAAAAACAAUAUAUUAUAAUCAGCUUAUCAGUUUAUAGCUUAGUUAAUCAACUGGCUGUUAAGCCAUACCUUAUUUUUUUUGGUGCCUCUCCUUAGAUAAUCAGAAAAUAAUUAAUUAGAAUAAUCAGUGCUAGAAUGUGCAUCAUUAAAUUAAUUAGUAUACCUUUAUGCAUUCAUUAACUGAAAAGCUAAAGGCUGUCUAUAGGUUUUAUAACAUGUACACAUGUAAGGUAUAUAAAUUUAGCCGCGUCAUGACAAAACCAACAUAAUGGGUUUGCGACCAGCAUGGAUCCAGACCAGUCUGCGCAUCCGCACAGUCUAAUCAGGAUCCAUGCUGUUCGCUUACAUACUCUAUUAAAAGUAGAGAAACUGAUAGCGAACAGCAUGGAUCCUGAUAAGACUGUGCAGAUGCGCAGGCUGGUCUGGAUCCAUGCUGGUCGCAAACGCACUAUGUUGGUUUUGUCAUGGCGCGGCUCAAUUGUUACCAAAGUCGUCCUGUUUCAUAUCAUUGGCAUUUAUUGUGUUAAUUUUAGUCAAAUUUUCCAUUCAAAUUAAAAGUGUGAUUUUUUUUGUUUCCAAGUUGUUUUUUUUAAAAUCACAGAAUGCAUAAAUUAUAUACAUAAAGACAAGAAAAAAGAAUCCUAAACAGUCUACAUAGGAAACAUUCUUUCAAACAAGUGAAACGUGUAUACAAUUUCUCUGUUUAUUAUGCAGCAUUGAUCUGGUCAUUAAUUUUGUAAUAAUCCGUUAUCUAAAUACAUGUAGAUUAAACUGUGUGAAGAAAAAGAAACUACUAAAAUCUAUCAAUAUAGUAAAUUUUUAUUUUAAAAUAAACUUGUUUAUAAAUUUUGUUUGCCAACCUGAAUCUUUUUACUCAUGUUAUAUUCUAUUGUGAUUGGUCAAUUGUUUGCAUGUACUCUGCCAUCACUGAAAUUUACAUGAAAUUGUGUUAAAACGUAAAGAUUCGCAUGUUUGAUCAUGUAAAUGUACCAAAUAAAGUACAGUUUUACAUGAAAAUAUACACAUUUUCAGUAAAUUUUUAUGAUAUGAUGUGAUAUCUGUAUUGUUACUGAAAUCCAAUUUGAAAUGCAAUGUAAUUUUUGUGUCGCCUCUACGGAGUAGUGGCGACAUAUAGGGAUCACUUCUCCGUCGUCCGUCUGUCGGUCUGUCUGUCUGUCUGUCCGUCCGUC